CGUAGAAACGAACCGUGUUUAAUUUUAGUACUAGCCAGUCGCUUCAGUGGAAGCAUAAAACAAAGUUGCAAUAUUUCGGAGCUGUGGCAAAUAGCUAUAGUUCGAAACAAUAAAAUAAAGCGAAGUAGAGUGCAGCGGUGGGAAAACAGCGCCAAACGAAAAGUAAAACGCAUUUUGCUACGCAUACAUAAGCAGAAAAAGCGAAUACACACACACACAGACACAAAAGGGCCAAAAUAACUCGGGCGAAUUAAGAAGAAAACAUAGUUUAACUUAAAAGCGAGUUAAUAGCAAUAAAACCAAGUUAUCUUGGUGUUGACGUGUUGAACACACACACACACACAUACUGACGAUAUAUUAACAAAAUGUCUACGACACCAAAAUCAAGCGAAGAUUUGCUGGGUGAAUCUUGGAUUGAACUGAGCACAACAGCUGCGAUGGCUGGCAUCAAGAGCCCCGACAGAAUCACUCCGUUGCCAUUUAACAAUGGCGAGGAGUAUCUGAGACUUCUGCGUGAGGCUCAGCGCGAAUCCAACCAGUCGAGCCGUGUCGUUUCCUUGGCCAGCUCCCGUCGUGAUACGCCCCGUGAUAGCCCCAAAAGUCCACCGAACAGUCCCCAGUCGGAGCUCUGUCCAGAUGAUGAGCUCAGAAACGUCUACAUCAACUACUGGACCAAGGGUGGAGAUAAACAGAAUGCAGACAACGGAGAUUGGUUGAAGAACUGGAAUCGCAACGCCGAGGAGCAACCACCCAAAAGCUGGAAAUUUGAAGCUGUCAGUGGCGAUGCCGGCGAUGAGGACGAGAAAAAGAAGACUAACACAGGCUACUCCAUCCGCUUGAAGCGUCUGGGCUCCAACUCGUUGUUCUCCCGCGAAAUUCUCUACUCGCUGCUGGUGACCAACGUCCUGUCCUUGCUGCUUGGAGCCGGCUUUGGAUUGUGGUUGAGCAAGCGUGGCAUACUCCUUACCCGCGUGGUCAUUGACUGAAAGAUGCCAUAAACAAAAAGAGAAAGAGAAACAGAAACAGAAAAUAUAUAAAAACGUUUUCAAUCUAUCAAUAUGCACAUCAAUCGAAAACAGAACACGAAGCGUUCCAUAUAAGAAGUCGAAGUAUACACAUAUAUACAUCCAACCGUA